AUGCAUCUAGAUAACGCGGAGAGCCGCGUCCCUAAUUGUCGAUAUAAAUCGGCAGUAGAAGGACAGAAUUUCGACCACCGAAACGGUCCCAUAUCGUGGAUCGAGUACUAUUGCUGCGUAUGUUCACGUCGUCACGUUGCCAAGAUGGCGCUUAACCGAGAGAAGGAGAUUGCGUCUCUGAAAAAGGUUUUCAAGAAGCUCGCACACAAGGGACCAUUAUCGUCGGCAUACAUGCUUCCAGUGAAGUCUAUCUUUGGAUCAUCCAACUGCAUACUCGAGAUAAAGGUGCCACGGGGCUACCCAGACAAGGAUGUGGAAAUCAAAAUGAUUAACCCAAUACCGCACCUUUGGGCCAACAACUACGGAGUUAUAACAUGCCCCGAUUGGCUUAAGAAAUUGCCACUGGUGUAUGUAGUGGAAGCCGUCCUCACUCAGUUCGAUGGUUAUAGCAGCAACGCGUCUGCUGCUGCAACGGCGCCGAACCAACGGCAACAACACAACAUUGCGCAGCCAGUUACUCAACCAGAUGCCGAAGUCGCAUCAACAGCGCACAACCCAAUUGAUGGAGCCGAUGGAGGGUCAACCGGAGCCAACAAACACGACGCAUCCUCGGUAGAUCAACAGCAUUCCGCCCCAACUACGGAGGUUAACAGCGACGCCAACGUCGACGAACGGCUGUUGAAGGUCUGCCGCAAUCCUCCGACGGGGGUGUUUCAGACACUCCUAUGCGCCGACAGGGAAGAGGUCAUGAGCAUGCUCGCCAACGAGGACACACGCUGGAAGAUACUGUACAGCUCCCCGCAGUUGGAACCGCUGUUGUCGGAACUCCACCAGCUGCUGCAAGAGAACGAGGCUGCCGCCCUAGCGGUCAUCUCCACCGUCAACAAAAAGCAGGAGCGCCUUAAGUCAAUCGAGCAGAAAAUCAAAACGGUGGAAAACAUGGAGGUGAAACCUGCGGAUGCGACGAAAUUGAGGAAGAAGUAUCUGACUGCGUACCACGAACACAACAAGGCAUCCAUAAAGGCACUCAAGCAGCAAAUUGCCGACAAGGUAAAGGCCAUGGAACGGGGCGAGGUAUCAUUCCAUGAGUGCUACGAUGAGCUCUCCAAAAUGCACUUAAAGUGCAACGAACUAUCUGCGAUACAAAUAGCAAUGUUUCGUUAA